AUGACAAUUACCAUUAUCAGCAUUUCCACAUCGAUAUCACAUGACCCACUCCACCGCACCGCAAAGCGCCGCAAAGCACACCCCUCACCACACCUCUCCAAGCUUCAGACCCUAACCGCCAAAAUGGUCGACAUCGUCCCCCUCAGCAGUUACCCAUCGUAUAUCGACCUCCUCCCCUCAAUCCAAACCUGCAACAUCACCAACCUUCCCGAAAACUACUUCCUAAAAUACUACCUGUACCACGCCCUCACCUGGCCGCAACUCAGCUUCGUCGCCGUCGUGCGCCCCCGCAAUGGCUACAAGCAAGGCUCUGGCAAUGGUCUCUCUGGCGUUGGCGCAGCAGGCGAUGUCUCAGGACAAUACCCCAAGGUAGUGGGGUAUGUGCUUGCGAAGAUGGAAGAGGAACCAACAGACGGCAAGCAACAUGGACAUAUUACCAGUUUGAGUGUGAUGCGGACACAUCGGAGACUUGGAAUUGCUGAGCGAUUGAUGCGAAUGAGCCGUAAGGAAUUGAUUUCGAGAUUGAGAAUGGAUGGUGAAGCUAAUGAUUAUACAGAGCGCGCAAUGGCGGAAUCGCACCGCGCUCACUUUGUUUCUUUGCACGUGCGUAUGUCGAACGUUGCUGCGCUGCGUCUGUACCGUGAUACACUGGGCUUUGAGGUUGAGAAGGUCGAGAGCGGAUACUAUGCUGACGGCGAGGAUGCGUAUGCCAUGCACUUGAAUCUGCAGAACAUGUGGCUUGACUGGAAGGCGAUUGAGAAGAAAGAUCGGGAGAAUAAUAAGGAGGAGGGAGAUGAGGAUGCUGAUGAGGGUGAGGAGGUUGGAGAGCUUGGAAAGAAGGAUAUGGACAAGCAGAUCCGGGUCAAGGUUGGGAGGGGACUUGGAGUUGGAGAGCUUGUCGAGAAAAAUGAGGCGCAAUCUUAA